AUGGUCGCAAUCAAUGGGGCCGACUCCCCGUCGCCUUCCCCCGACGCGACCGUGCUGCAAGUGUCAGUGGUUCAGGGCCGGAACUUGCAGCUUCCAGGCGGCGUGCAGGACAAAGGCGGAGCCACGGUGUCGCUCUCUCAGGGAAAAAACCAGGUGAAGACAGCAGCGAAGACGGGAGCGGCUCCCAAGUGGCUCCAGGACUUUAAGAUUCCUCUGGACUACUCGCCUGGUGCUUCCCUGCCGCAGCCAGGCGACGUCGUUCUCCAGAUAGCAAUUACCUCACCUGACACGGGAGACGAAGUGCUGGCCACGUGUGAUGUUGACGUGGCAGAUCAGCUGCAGGGCGGCACAGUGGUGCGCUGGUAUCAAAUCAAGGACAAGGACGGCGCUGGGGUCGGCGAAGUUUGUCUUGUUCUGCGGAUUGCGAAGCCUGCCGCCUUGCGUCCAGGUGGUGCUUCCCCCAGCCACCCCAAGAGCAGCGUCGCCAGUCAACUGAACAGAAACCAUUCUGCAGCGGUCAUUGACCAAACCACCCAAACCACUCAAACCACCGAAACCAUCCAAACCACGCAAACCAGCAAAACCAUUCAGACCAACCAUGAGACGUCCCUAGCAGUGUCCAGUGAGGGGGGUACGGCUGUUGUGGGGCGUCUGGAGAGGCGCAGCAACAUCCAGAGCGGGAGACUCUCGGCACAGAGCUCUGCUGAAGGCACAGGGGAAUCCUCAGGUGAUUCCUCAGGUGCUGUCGCAGCAGCAGGAGCAGACUCACCUGGUGCUGCUUCUGGUGAUGGGUCACCGUCAACCUCCCAACAACAGCAGUCCUCCUGGUCGGGAGCUUGGCGGUGGGGAGACCGACAAAACAAGGGCAGCAGCUCAGACAAGGCAAUGGGGUCCUCUGCGGGCUCUUUGUUCCAAGGCAGGGCGCUGAAUAGCUCUGCCCGGCGGGCUGACGAGGCUGCGAGUCCAAAGGCGCGCAGCAAGGGGGGGAGCGUUGAUUUUCUGGGUAGUUGGGGACUUACUGGUAUCGGGUCGAGUGGGAGUGCUAGCAGCAGGAGUGUUGGUGGUGCGGAUGAAAGCAGUAGCAUCAGCGCCAUUAGCAGCGGUGGGAGCAGUGCUGAGAUUGAGGACUGGGUGCCGCCGAAGCAGUUUCGUAAGGUUAUGUCGAUCAAAAUGGUGAAGAAAGAUUUGCUUCGGCAAGCGGGGAGCAGCCGGGCAGUAGUGACGAGGCUCAGCGGGGGGGUUGGAGGCGGUAUUGGGGAGUUCAGAGCGACAGGAGGGAGGGAGCUGAAACGAACAGAGGUUAUGCAUGUGAAAGGGGGAUCUGCAAGGGACGCAGGAGGGGAAGGAGCGGGGGCCAUCGUUCAACCAGAAGGCGUUGGGUUUGGGGGAUCAGCAAGGGUGGCAGGAGAGGGGCUUGGGGGGAUAGCUAGAGCCAAACGGUCCGGAAGAGGGUUCGACUAG